AUGGCGCACUACAAGGCCGCGGACUCCAAGCGGGAGCAGUUCCGCCGCUACCUGGAGAAGUCGGGGGUGCUGGACACGCUCACCAAGGUGUUGGUAGCCUUAUAUGAAGAACCAGAGAAACCGAACAGUGCACUGGACUUUCUAAAGCAUCAUCUAGGAGCUUCAGCUCCUGAAAAUCCAGAAAUAGAGGCACUUCGCUUGGAAGCAGCAGAGAUGAAAGAAAAAUAUGAAGCUGUGCUGGAAGAGAACAAAAAACUCAAAAGCAAGCUGGCUCAAUAUGAACCACCUCAAGAAGAGAAGCGUGGUGAAUAGCAAUAUUUUCUCCUUUAAUGCCUUGACUGAAUAAAGGGCUUCAUGAGAACUGCAGUCCUGACUUCUUCUGUGUGCGAACCCUGCAUCUUUGAGUUAUAUCUUCUUGAAAAGAAAAAGUCAGUAUUGUUCAUGCAGCUAUUUUUGUGUAGCUAAAGCAGCAACUGACUGGACCUUGGAGAGUACCUCUGCCAUCUGGAUUGCUUUGGA